AUGUAUCAACGCGCUCUUCUCUUCUCCACCCUUUGGUCAGCGGCUCGGGCCCAGCAGGCAGGUACCCUGCAGGAAGAAGUUCACCCUGCGUUGACCUGGCAAAGGUGCGAAGCAAGUGGCACUUGUACUGAAGUCUCAGGAUCCGUGGUGCUUGACUCGAACUGGCGCUGGACUCACUCUGUUGAGGGUUCCACCAACUGCUACACUGGCAACACGUGGGAUUCAACCCUCUGCCCGGACCCCGAGUCUUGCGCUACAAACUGUGCGGUCGACGGUGCUGACUAUGAGGGAACCUACGGUAUCACAGCCACUGGUGAUGCGCUUACCCUCAAGUUUGUCACUGGAGCAAACGUUGGCUCUCGUGUCUACCUUAUGGAGGAUGAUGAGACCUAUCAGACUUUCGACCUCAUUGGCAACGAAUUCACCUUUGACGUCGAUGUCUCUAACCUCCCAUGUGGCUUGAACGGCGCCCUGUACUUCACCUCCAUGGACGCUGAUGGUGGCUUGAGCAAGUACGAGGGUAACUCGGCUGGUGCCAAGUAUGGAACAGGUUACUGUGACUCUCAAUGUCCUCGUGACAUCAAGUUCAUCAACGGAUUGGGCAAUGUUGACGGCUGGUCUGGAUCCGAGAGUGACCCGAACUCGGGUGUUGGUAACCUUGGUACCUGCUGCCCCGAACUGGACAUCUGGGAGGCCAACAGCAUUUCUACCGCUUACACCCCUCACCCUUGUGAUGACACUGAGCAAACCAUGUGCGAGGGCGAUGCCUGUGGUGGCACUUACUCCGAUGACCGCUAUGGCGGUACUUGUGACCCUGAUGGCUGCGACUUCAACUCCUACCGCAUGGGCAACACUAGCUUCUACGGUCCUGGCGGCAUUGUCGACACUGCCUCCCCCGUGACAGUCGUGACCCAGUUCCUCGGCGAUGGCGGUGCCCUCUCCGAGAUCAAGCGCUUCUACGUCCAGGAUGGUGUGGUUAUCGCCAACUCUGCCUCCAACAUUGACGGCGUUGAGGGCAAUUCGAUUACUUCUGAAUUCUGCACUGCCCAGAAGGCCGCCUUCGGUGACGAGGACAUCUUUGCGCAGCACGGCGGCCUCAGCAAGAUGGGUGAUGCCAUGUCCGCCAUGGUUCUUAUUCUCAGUAUCUGGGAUGACCACUACGCCAGCAUGAUGUGGCUCGACAGCUCUUUCCCCGUUGACGCUGACCCAAGCGAGCCUGGUAUUGCCCGCGGUACCUGCGAGCACGGCGCUGGUGACCCAGAUGUUGUCGAGUCCGAGUCUCCCGAUGCCAGCGUUACUUUCUCCAACAUCAAGUUCGGCCCCAUUGGCUCAACCUUUGACUCUGCUGGCACUGCUGCUCGCCGCUUCUAAGCGAGUUGACCGUGUUCUCAAAUUCUUCACUGGUCAUUUGUUGCUUAUUGCCAACCAUGCCAACCACAAGCAUUAGGUCCAGGUGAUAAAAAUUGCUCCCACAAAACCUGUAUAUAGUGGAUAUAGAUCCUUCCGAGGAGUGCUUGCCGCUUUUUCUAUCUCCUUCUUGUCUAUAUAUGCCCAUUACCAUGUCGAGGUACCCCCUUCACUGGCUUUUUUCCCUUCGUGACAUUUUCCUCUUUUUGUCCUGUACUUAGUUCAAUCAUACAAAAUCGAGUUUGCCAAUAUGCAGAAAAUCUCUCCAAAACUAACUGAAAGGUGCCAGCCUAGUGAGGUAUAACCUUUUCUCGCUAACAAUUUUCUGAAG